GGGACCCAGCGGAGCGGUCCGAGUUCGCCAUGGUCCAGGCGUCUCGCUGGUACCGAGGCGGGACUUCGAGAGAUAAGCUGCAUUACAGAAAGGAAGAAAUUAGAACCACACUUCAGGAGUUGUUACUCUACUUAAUAUUUUUAAUAAACUUGUGCAUAUUGACUUUUGGCAUGGUAAAUCCACAUAUGUAUUACUUUAACAAAGUUAUAUCAUCUCUGUUUUUGGAUACUUCUGUACCUGGUGAUGAAAGAACCAACUUUAAGUCUAUUCGAAGCAUAACUGAUUUUUGGAAGUUUAUGGAAGGACCCCUUUUGGAAGGUUUGUACUGGGAUUCAUGGUACAACAACCAAAAGCUGUAUAAUUUAAAAAACAGCAGUCGCAUCUACUAUGAGAACAUUCUUCUUGGAGUCCCCAGAGUUCGGCAGCUAAGAGUUCGCAAUAACACAUGCAAAGUCUAUUCAUCCUUUCAGUCCUUGAUGAGCGACUGUUAUGGCAAGUAUUCUUCUAAGAAUGAAGACGUAGCUGAUUUUGGCAUCAGAAGUGGUUCUGAAUGGAAGUACUCUACUUCUAGUACCAACUCUCCUUGGCACUGGGGAUUAGUUGGUAUUUACCGAAAUGGGGGAUAUAUUUUCACCUUAUCAAAAUCAAAAUCUGAAACCAAAAACAAGUUCAUUGACCUUCGAUUGAACAGCUGGAUCACAAGAGGAACCAGGGUUAUUUUUAUUGAUUUUUCAUUAUACAAUGCUAAUGUAAACCUGUUUUGCAUAAUUAGACUGGUAGCAGAAUUCCCUGCAACUGGAGGAAUACUUACGUCAUGGCAGUUUUACUCUUUGAAACUCCUCAGAUAUGUUAGUUACUAUGAUUAUUUUAUUGCCUCCUGUGAAAUCGUAUUUUGUAUUUUUCUUGUUGUCUUUACAACACAAGAAAUAAAAAAAAUUAAAGAACUUAAGUUCGCCUAUUUCAAAAGUAUUUGGAACUGGUUAGAAUUACUCCUUUUGUUGUUGUGUUUUGUGACUGUUUUCUUCUACGCAAAUUGUAAUAUACAAAAUUUUCUCCUACUUGGGCAGCUGUUAAAAAGUACUGAAAAAUAUUCAGACUUCUACUUUCUUGCAUACUGGCACAUUUAUUACAAUAAUAUAAUUGCUCUUACUAUCUUCUUUGCAUGGAUAAAGAUAUUCAAAUUCAUAAGCUUUAACAAGACAAUGUCUCAACUGUCAUCAACAUUGUCCCGCUGUAUCAAAGACAUAGUAGGAUUUGCCAUCAUGUUUUUUAUAAUAUUCUUUGCUUACGCCCAGUUAGGAUUUCUGGUUUUUGGAUCACAAGUUGAUGACUUUUCCACUUUUCAAAAUGCCAUAUUUGCACAAUUUCGAAUUGUUCUUGGAGAUUUUGACUUUGCUGGCAUUCAGCAAGCCAACUGGAUCUUGGGACCCAUUUACUUCAUCACUUUCAUCUUUUUUGUGUUCUUUGUCUUGCUGAACAUGUUCCUGGCAAUAAUUAACGAUACUUAUUCUGAAGUGAAAGCUGACUAUGCAAUAGGAAAGAGGCCAGAUUUUGAACUUGGUAAAAUGAUUAAGAUGACUUACCAUAAUGCUCUGGAGAAACUCAAACUGAAGAAAACUCAGAAAGAAGACAAGAAAAUUAGCAAGAGCAAUGGACAUUUUGUUCAACCAACCAGAAGAGAAAGCUUUGACGAAAGUGUAAGAUUUUAAUUUUUUCAUAAGUUUAAGUGGUAACUUUAGUAGAAAUCUGCUUUUUCAAAGUUCUGAUCAAAAAUGGAAAUAAUUUGUUUUAUUCAGAGUGCUCUGCUUUGGCAUUUCCACAGCAAUCUUCCACCCCUUCCUCACAUGGCGACUCUGGGUGCUCUCCCCACUCUCUGGUCCUGGGGGCGCCCACUUGAGGUGUAGGACUUCCACAGUGCUACUGGCUCUUAAGAGGGUUACAUCAUUUCUCACAUUCAUAACGUGACAAAUUAAUGUUUCUUUAUACUUCAAAAGUUAACAUAUAUUCAGAGUGAAAUUUAAUGAAUAUACAUAUGGAGUAUUUGAGGUAUGGACACCCAACACACACUUCAGAAGGAAGAAAUGAUACUGCUCUGCUUCUCGGUCACCUCCCUCCUACUGAAAAGCAGUGCUCAGCAGCCAGCAGUUAGGAGGCUGCAGUGGGCAAGUGAGUGGAUGUCUUGGAUCUUGAGUGUAUGAGUCACAAAAAUGGGAAGGCUCAUGGUUAAAGUCAACUUUGUGGUGUUGGAUUAGGGCAGUA